UGAGUCUUUGGUGAUAAUUAUCUUUAAAACUUUCUUUUUGCUGUCAAUCACAUUUUGAUCAUGUAAGAAAAAAACAGAUUAAUGUAUGAACGUGCAUUAUGACUGUUGUUAAAUCCCGGUUUGAGUGCCAUUCUAAUAAAUGCUAAGGAGAUGUUUUGACACAUUUCUCUUUAUUUUCCAUUUAGUAUGUCGUUACCCCUCCCUGGUCUGAAACUGAUCUCAUUCAACACAUGCUGUCAGCAUUUAUUUCCGUCCCUCCACUGGCUGGUUACCCACUGAGAGGAAAUCCUAUAGCUGUGCUCCGAGACCGAGAACACAUGGAGGCGACCGUCGGUGUGUUGGAGCGACGCUCUCUGACACGGAAUGACAACUUAAAUGUGCUUCUCUUCUUCGCUUUGUUCACCGCGACGUCGGGAGUUCUGUCCACACUGUUCUCCUGUGGGACCGACUACUGGCUGUUGGGGGCUGCAGAACUCGGUGACGCAAAAGGUGUCCCAAGAGAUCCUCAGGAAGUUGUGAGGAUCUUCCAUGAGGGUCUUUUUUUGCGCUGCUCCUUGCCAGCAUCAUCCCCUGAAUACUCACUUUUGGAUCUGUGGCUCUUGAGCCCACCGCAUGUAAAAGUCUGCCAUGCCGCCUUCCUCUUUCCGUUCCCCGCCAGGGGACCAUUUUGGUCAGGAGAGUCGCCUGCUGAACCCUACGAGCAUCACAGCGCCAUCGUUUUCAGAACCUUCUGGAGUGUCUUCCUCAUUACGGGCGUGGCCACCGUGGUCACUGGUGGGCUAACCGUGGUCUGUGCCGCUCCGCUCUCCAACCCCAAGCUCUAUAAAGCCGGUGGGGCUCUUCUGCUGUGUGGCGGUGUCAGCAUGCUGGCCGUGGUCCUCAUGUAUCUGAUGUGGGUCCAGGUUCUGGACACCCUGGAGGAGUUUGCCCUUUGGCAGCGUGUGAGCGGCCGGCCGGCCUUCCACCUCAGCGUCCAGCACGGUCCGUCCUUCUUCCUGGCGCCGGUGGCCUCCUUCUUCUGCCUGCUCUCUGGCCCGCUCUUCCUCGUGCUGGCACAGAGCGCUCGCUCUUUAGAGCAGCACCACCAGGACAAGAGACCAGAGGCUCCGACGCUUGAAACUGACCUGUAAGUCUCAGAAUGUCUAAUGUCCAUGCAGGACCAUUGUAUAGUCUCAAAACUUAUAGUGUAAAUGACAUCACACACACACACACACACACACACACAGCCACGCAACAUCUCAAUGCGUAUAAAAUAAACCAGAUGAUCCCUCUGACCUUCAUCAGUGAGGAUAAUUGGAAUACCUAAUUUGAAAGUUUUUUAUUUUUUUUAAUCUAAUGAUUAGGCCCGCUCUUCCUUUAUUGUAAUUGACGAAUGGCGUUUGACAGAAGUGCUGAAAAGAAAGCUGUCGAGCUGGAAUGUGCACAUGAGCUGGACAUCACAGAGACGCUCGGGUCACAGGCAUGGAGAUAAUAAAUGAGGCUGUCACAAUCCAUUUCCUGACAGGGAGACACAUUUACGCAACCGCCGCUAGAGAGGAGUGUUGUCUCGUGAUAGUGUUCUCUCAGUGACGAGCAGUAAAGAAAAUGGAUAAUAAAAUACAAAAUAUCAAUAUUUGUCCACUGCAAAAAGUCAGUGUUCAAAAACAAGAAAAACAAUUACAAAAUGAGGGGUAUUUUAUUUGAACUAAGCAAAAUUAUCUGCCAAUAGAACAAGAAAAUGUGGCUUGUCAAGACUUUCCAAAACAAGUAAAAUUAACUAACCUUAAUGAACCCAAAAAUA